AUGAACAAGGUGCAUACAAAAUGGUUGUUAUGUUUCUUGGUUCCAUCUACAACUCAUCAUUCAAAAAAACAAACGUCAACGAGAGAAGCAAAAAUCGCCGAAGCACGUACAAAUUUUGUAACACUGAAUUUAGUUGAAGAACAAAUGACCCGCACAGCUAAUUAUGAAAAUCUCAUUUGGACUAGUACUGUCUAUACUCCACUUUCAUCAAAAUCUGAUCAGCAACGACCAAUCACAUAUCACCAUUCUUCAUCAAUAAAAAGAUCUGAGCGAUUGGUAUUACCGAAAAAUCAUCUGAUCGAUAAUUCAUUUGUAUCGCCAUCAAAUAUGGCUCAUUCAUCAAUAGAUAUUUCUCGACAAAUUAACUCGUCUACAAAACGUUACCACUCAUCAUUUAAAACGAUCUCCUAUCCGUUCAAUAACAGACAAGUACAACGAACAAAUUCAUCAAAUGAUAAAAUUGUUAUUUUUAAAUUAACGAAUGAAAACGCAGAAGAAAGCAACGAUAGUGGUCCACACCUAUCCAUGAAACAUUCUUCUCUUUCAAUGGGAACAUCAUCAACAAUAACAACGCGUAGUUCAACACCACCUCCUAAACAAUCGUCAAAUCCAACUUCAACAUGGAAAUCGAGUCCUGCUUAUAGAACAGAUGGUCUAAAACGUCGUGCAACUCGUUAUGAUUCGCCUGUAACUGUACCAGGCCACAACAAUCUAUCGACUUCUUCGAACUCAAUUUCUACUAUGGCGACUAGUACGUCGAGCCAUCCGACAUCGAAUUCAUCUCUGUUUGCUUAUGGAAGUACAAUAACAGGCGGCAAUACUGUUCGACAGAGAGCAUUAGCCGAACCAGCAACAAAUAGUCUACUCAUUACAAGUGAAAGAUUUAAAUCACAUACACCUUCGACCAUGCGACCAGCAAGACAAUCAUCAACAACAACAAUGCCAUCGGCAUAUAUGACAUCUCAUCAAUUACAACGAAAUGCUAGUCAAGGCAUGAGGUCGCGUAAUCACCAAGACAAAUCAACGAAUUCAAGAGACGUUUUUGAUUAUCCGGAUCCAUUUACUAAUUGUCCUCCAGAACUGUUAAGUAAACUAGCACAAUUAACGAAACUCCAAAUGGAAACAGUCGAGUGGGAAAGAAAACGACGGUUUACAAAGAAGAAAUCAGGAGCCAACGGCACCACACAAGGAAAAGACAGUCCUUAA